GGGAGGCGCGGCCGGUGGCAAGCUUCAUUGCGGCUGAUAAUAUAGCCCAACAACCAACAACGACUGUGCUGAUUAUGGUGCACAAUGGCUCCCGACAAGUGGCUUAAUUGUUAACUGGUAUAAGUUGUUUGGGCAGCAGCAAAUGCAUACUAACAAGAACAACAUUCUGUCUCGGAACGAGCGAUUAAUUUGACUUAGUCGAUGUGGCUAUUAUACUGGUUGUGACGAGUUCGUAGUACCUCCAGUCGGGUACAAACGGUUGAUCGAUUGAGUCGGAACGCUCUAGUCUAUCGUGGUGGUAAAGUAGAAUUUAGUGAUACUAAGAGGCUAGGCGAGUAGUGCCGCGUUACAAAACUAAGCGCCGAUGAGCUGUUUAUAGUGGUGGGGUUUAGAUAAAAGUCAUUAAAUACUGAGGACGCGCACGAGAUGACAACGGAUGACGAACGAUCUCCGCGAGUGGAGAUGGCCAGUGACGAUGAGCGCGCCCUUAAUAGUAGCACUGAAGAACCAAGGGAUCCGGGUCGAUGGCGUGAUCUGGUAGCUUACUGGAUUCUGGGACUCUGCAACAACUACGGCUACGUUGUGAUGCUAACUGCUGCCCACGAUAUUCUCAAGGGCCUGGACGGGCACGGAGAUAACGACGGGAAAUCCAUGGCCAGCCCUUUUGCAGAGGACCCCACCAACGGAUACGAUCGCAGGCCAUGCAACAAGUUAUCGACGGGUGCCAUCCUAUUGGCCGACAUUUUGCCUGCCCUAUCGAUCAAGCUGAUAGCCUCGUUUUUCCCGCUCUGGAAACACUUCCGAGUAGGUGCCGCCGUACUGCUAGCCGCCGGUGGGUUCCUCAUGGUAGCCUUUGCCACCACAGAAUGGAUGAUCUUCCUCGGGGUGAUCUUCACGUCCUUCUCUUCCGGUCUCGGUGAAGCGACCUUCCUAGCGUACGCUAGCUAUUUCCACAAGAACGUCAUAUCGACGUGGUCCUCGGGUACGGGAGGCGCCGGAGUCAUCGGGUCACUAUCGUACACCGGAUUGGCCGCCGCCGGCUUAUCUCCCAAGGCUACAAUGUUGGUGAUGUUGGUGGUUCCAGCUGCCGAAGCAGCUUCUUUUUGGCUUUUAUUGCGGCACAAGGACACAAGUGGAGCUCCAUCGGUGGAGAGCGGAGACGAGUCCAGCAAGACAACGGUAGACUACAGCACCCUACCGGCUAACGAACGACCACUGGAGAGCUGGAAGCAGAAGAUAAACUACAUUCCGUCGCUGUUUAUCUACAUGAUUCCGCUUAUCUUGGUGUACCUGUUCGAGUACUUCAUCAACCAAGGAAUGUUUGAACUCGUAUACUUCCCCGGCAUCUGGUUGGACCAAUCGGAGCAAUACCGGGUGUACCAAGUGCUUUACCAGGUGGGGGUCUUCAUAUCCCGUUCCUCGGUCAAUAUCGUUCACUUCAAACACGUCUGGAUCAUGGCGGUGCUGCAGUUUGUGAACGUAGUAAUCUUUACGUUCGAAGCCAUCUACUACUACAUGCCCUCGAUCUGGAUCGUGUUCGUGUUGAUCCUGUGGGAAGGUCUACUCGGUGGAGGUGGCUACGUGAACACCUUCUACCGGAUGCAGCAGGAAGUGCCGGACGCUCGAAGGGAAUACGCCAUGAUGAUCACCUCGAUCUCGGACUCGGUUGGCAUUGCGCUGGCCGGAGUGGCCGCCAUCCCCUCCCACAAUGCCAUCUGUGACCUGCCGGUUCCCGAUCGAUUGGUGUCGUUCUAGACUUAGGCCAGUUCGAUUGAUUCAGUCUCCGACUGAUGUUGUACUUUACGGGUAGAAAUGACUGUAUGUUUACACGAGAUUUGUUUAUGUGUAUGAGUGUUCUAGUGAGUUGACAAG